CUCUUGCCUUCUACCACCUGUUUAAUGACGCUACUCGAAACACACGGUGAAGACGCCCUUAGCAACAAACCAGACAAAUCACAUCAACAAAAAAAAUUGGAGCUCCUGCUGCUGACAAGACUGGUUUAAAAAAAACAUAAGUGGUUUUAACGGUGUUAACGCACUGAGGACAUUGUAAUAUUACCCGAAUCAGACGCCAGUGUCUCUGAAUUCAACGAGAACUGGGGCUUUUUUGUGUGUGCCCAGAGUUGAGGUAACGUUAGCUAGCUAACCGACGAUUACCUCUCAAAGCGAAAACAGCUUCACAAGCAUUCCGGAAGGAGGACGGAUCAUGGGGCCGAUCGAAGCAGAAGCUAACUAGUUACAUUGCUAACUAAUCAGUGACCGCAUAGUACACUCGAUAUUUUGUGUUUCUUAUGGGGAAUGGUUCUCUGGGGUUGGAUAUAUAGUAAUCAACCGAGAGAGAGAAAGGCGAGGAGGGGUCAGACAGCUAAAGCUGUCAUUUUGAGAUUCGAAACUAUUUCGGACAGCGGGAGUCAUUUAGCUUUUGCUUAACUCGCGGACGUGUGUUUUUUUGUGUGGCUGUGCUAACAACGUUAGCUGACGGAAACGAGAAACGACGACUCCCAUCGCUGGAACUUUUUCAGACUGCAGGGCUAACGAGUUGACAAAGCCAUGGGGUUUAGGACGAGAGUAAGGUCACAUUGUGUAGGUAGAGAGUCCUAGCUAUAAUAUUAAGUUGAGCAAGUGUGGAAAGCUAUAUUAAACUAAUUUAUGUAGCUAUAUUUCAUCCGAUGAAGUUGGCUAGUAGGGGUUAUUUUGGAUCCCUUGAGCUAGCUUAAACGAGCACGAAUUGCAAGUGAUACAAGCUGCCCUCGAAGUCUUUUUUAUUAUAGCUAGCCGAAGUCUUGGCUAGUUUUUUAAAAGUUUAGAUACGGUUGUUUUUACUAAAGAUUUUUUAAACUCCACCUCGGAUGCUGGCUUCAAAGUUAAACUGCAAUCAUGAUGGUAUUACAGAGAAAAGCAGAAGGCCCCAUAACAGCAGCGCGUCAUGGUGACGGCCUCUAUAACUCCUACAUGAGAACUGACCACCUACCGAAGGAAGAAGCAGACACACACAGUCCCGCUGGCCUGCCCCCGAUACCCAAACACACUGUGAAUAAGCCAGGUGUGAUGCGGGACCAGAUCGGUGUUAGUGGGGGUCAGCUGAAGGUCAAGUACCCGUACGAAGACUCCACCUACAACCGCAAGGUCAAUGCUAUUACAACGACGACACACAACGGCACCACCGGUAAACCCUCCCCGGUGACUGGGCUGUCUAAAGAGCGCACCGGCGGACAGACCACCGGUAAACCCUCCCCGGUGACUGGGCUGUCUAAAGAGCGCACCGCCGGACAGACCACCGUUAAACCCGCCCCGGUGUCUGGACUGUCUAAAGAACGCAGCUCAGACAGUACGGGCUCCAGUAAAGGGUCGUCAGAGAGUACCGGACCCUGGGGAGGCAAACUGGUGGGACCCCUGACUCCUGAACAGGCCCUCAGACAGUACCGCUCUCAACUUACUAUCCUGGAACAGACUGAGAUACACUCCUACCCAGAGGUGUAUUUCCUGGGUCCCAACGCUAAGAAGCGUCCUGCAGUCGCUGGGGGCAACAACAAUGGGGGUUUUGAUGACGAGCAGGGCGGGUACAUCCAUGUACCCCACGAUCACCUGGCCUUCAGAUACGAGUUCCUCAAAGUCAUCGGCAAGGGCAGCUUCGGACAGGUGGCGAAGGUGUACGACCACAAGCUGCAGCAGCACCUGGCUCUGAAGAUGGUCCGCAACGAGAAGCGUUUCCACCGCCAAGCCCAGGAAGAAAUACGUAUCCUCGAGCACCUCCGUAAGCAGGACCGCUCCGGAACCAUGAACGCCGUCCACAUGCUAGAACACUUCACCUUCAGAAACCACAUCUGCAUGACCUUUGAACUGCUCAGCAUGAACCUGUAUGAGCUGAUCAAAAGGAAUAAGUUCCAGGGCUUCAGUCUGCCGCUGGUCAGGAAGUUUGCCCACAGCAUCCUGCAGUGUCUGGAGGCUUUGAACCGACACCGGAUCAUCCACUGUGACCUGAAGCCGGAGAAUAUACUGCUGAAACAGCAGGGACGGAGUGGAAUCAAGGUGAUCGACUUUGGUUCGUCAUGUUUCCAUCACCAGCGUGUCUACACGUACAUCCAGUCCCGCUUCUACCGUGCCCCUGAGGUCAUCCUGGGGUCACGCUACGGUCUCCCCAUUGACAUGUGGUCAUUUGGCUGUAUCCUGGCUGAGCUGCUGACAGGGUAUCCCAUGUUCCCAGGCGAGGACGAGGGGGACCAGCUGGCCUGUGUCAUGGAGCUACUGGGCAUGCCCCCUACCAAGCUGCUGGAGCAAGCCAAGAGGGCUAAGAACUUCAUCUCCUCCAAGGGCCACCCGCGCUACUGCGGGGCUAACACCUUGCCCAGUGGGGCCACGGUGUUCACGGGCUCCCGCUCGCGCAGGGGGAAGCUCCGGGGUCCCCCUGCCAGUAAAGAGUGGAGCGCGGCCCUGAAGGGAUGUGAAGAUCUCACCUUUGCAGACUUUAUUAAGAGGUGUCUAGACUGGGACCCUUCCAGCAGACUGACCCCUAGUCAGGCCCUCAGACACCCCUGGCUCUACCGACGCCUGCCGAAGCCCCUGGCCCCCGCCGCUGGGGAGAAGAAGGGAGCGGCAGAACACCACUCUACCUCCUUCCCAUCCAUUCUGCCGGCUAAAGGAGGGAGCGGCACAGCGGCAAAUCACAAACUGAGAGCCAACAUGAUGGGAGACUCCGCGGGGUCCAUACCCCUCCGCACCGUGCUGCCCAAACUGGUCUCAUAGACAGAUGGAGAGAGGGACAGAACCAGGAGGUUUUAAAUGAGUUGGGUUGUUCUUUUCUCUUUUGGUUUUCUGUGUUUUUAAUUAUUUUGGAACGUGUGGACACUCCAGGUGUUGCUUUAGAAUUGUAUCUGAUGAACGGCCGUUGGACAGACUAUAUAAAGGUGUUUACAGCAGGGUAACUGACUCCGUGAUUACUACAUAGACACCUUAGAGCAGCUCUGGCCCUGCUGCUCUACCUCGUCAUUCAUUACAGGUCUAGACCAGUCCCUGAUUAGAGGGGAAUCACCCACCUGGUGUCCCAGGUCUAAACCAGUCCCUGAUUAGAGGGGAAUCACCCACCUGGUGUCCCAGGUCUAGACCAGUCCCUGAUUAGAGGGGAAUCACCCACCUGGUGUCCCAGGUCUAAACCAGUCCCUGAUUAGAGGGGAAUCACCCACCUGGUGUCCCAGGUCUAGACCAGUCCCUGAUUAGAGGGGAAUCACCCACCUGGUGUCCCAGGUCUAAACCCUGAUUAGAGGGGAAUCACCCACCUGGUGUCCCAGGUCUAGACCCUGAUUAGAGGGGAAUCACCCACCUGGUGUCCCAGGUCUAAACCAGUCCCUGAUUAGAGGGGAAUCACCCACCUGGUGUCCCAGGUCUAGACCCUGAUUAGAGGAGAAUCACCCACCUGGUGUCCCAGGUCUAGACCCUGAUUAGAGGGGAAUCACCCACCUGGUGUCCCAGGUCUAAACCAGUCCCUGAUUAGAGGGGAAUCACCCACCUGGUGUCCCAGGUCUAGACCCUGAUGAGAGGAGAAUCACCCACCUGGUGUCCCAGGUCUAGACCCUGAUUAGAGGGGAAUCACCCACCUGGUGUCCCGGUCUAAACCAGUCCCUGAUUAGAGGGGAAUCACCCACCUGGUGUCCCAGGUCUAGACCCUGAUUAGAGGAGAAUCACCCACCUGGUGUCCCAGGUCUAGACCCUGAUUAGAGGGGAAUCACCCACCUGGUGUCCCAGGUCUAGACCCUGAUGAGAGGAGAACAGUGUCGCUGGCUUGGAGCUCCAGGGUCCUAGAGGUCAUAGCUGUUCUACAUGUUAUUCUAUGGGUUUAGUCAGCCAUUCAUCUCCAGUGUGUUUUGCUGUACAGCAGGCUUCUCAAACUCGGUCCCGGUGCCCCUCUUGGGUACACAGUGGUUGUUGUCCUAGCACGACACAGCUGACUCAAAUAAUCAACGCUUGAUGAUGAGUUGGUUAUUUGAAUCGGCUAUGUUGUGCUAGGACAACAACUAAAACAUGUGUACACACACACAUAUGUCUGCCCUAGUUUGUGCGGUGUAGUGUCUAUAUAUAUAUAUAUAUAUAAGGGCUAAAGGAGAUCUGCUGGAUCAUGUAGCAACAACCAGCUUAUAAAAAAUCAUUGAAUCAUGUUGAUGAGACGGGAACCUCUGCUCCUACAUGUUGAUGAGACGGGAACCUCUCUGCUCCUACAUGUUGAUGAGACGGGAACCUCUCUGCUCCUACAUGUUGAUGAGACGGGAACCUCUCUGCUCCUACAUGUUGAUGAGACGGGAACCUCUCUGCUCCUACACUCCUGCACAGAAAAAUAUAUUUCAUCACAGACCACCUCGUUAGAUCAUUGAGCUGAGCCAGAGACUGGGCUAUCGCUCUGCUAAAUCACAAUGUUUAUUAAAUCAUUGUGUCCAGCGUUGUUUAUCUCUCGUUAUCGCUCCCUGUUGGUAUGUGGUGGGGGGAGGAGAGGAAGAGUGCGGCUCUUUAGCACUAAUGUGGGUAUCUCUGUCGUUUACAGUAGCCUGGGGAGGGAUGUUACAUGUAGGAAGCAGCCUGGGGAGGGAGGGAUGGAUGUUACACUGAAAGGCAAGAAGUAGCACAUGCCACACCUCCCUGUCACUCAGUGGUCGCUAUGGAGCCUGCCUGUGGUUGCCAUGGUGUUGUCGGGGAGGUGCAGUAGGAGAGGUUAAAGGAGACAGAAGAGUGACAUCAUACUCUCUGUCAGCUGCAGGGCUUUAUCAUUGACGUGAAGCGUUCAGAACGUUGCAGAUAGAAAUAGAUUAACUACAGCUGGAACGACUCCCUGUUCUACAUAACAGACCUGACCAUGUUUGUUCUACACAAUACAUUUCUACAUCCUGAGAUGGUGGAGGCUGACUAAAAGACGUUCUCGCUCUCAAGGGGCUUUAUUGGCAUGGGAAACAUGUUUACAAGUGAGAAAUAUUAAACAAAAGUGAGAAGGCAAAACAUCAACAACAAAACGAUUAGAAUUUAACAGUAAACAUUGCACUCAAAAAGGUUUUUACAAACAUAUCAACAUUUCAAAUAGUCUGUUUGAUUUUUCUUUUCAAAUUCUUUGUGUUUCUGUGUGAAAUAUGUAUCUGUAAUGUGGUUAUACGUUUAGCAUGAGGUCAGGAAGCGCAGCCCAGUCUCUCACUCUCAGGGCUCUGGCAGACAAAGAUCACGGACACUACUGAUACUCUUAGACACACACAUUGUGUUAAUGGUGCUGUCACUACACACACACACACACACACACACAGAUGACAUGUAUGCAUCAGGUGCAUGUUGAAUGGACCAGGUCACAGAGGUUAUAGUUCAGGGUUCAACCUCCUUCUGUUUCUCCUUCACUCAACGACAGUCAGGGUUUGUUUUUAUUUUGACUUAUCCUGUAUUCCUUCCUUUUUUUUCUUUUUUUUUUUAUAGAAAUGAUUUUUUUAUAGCUUUUUGUUACUCAAAACGAGAGGUUUUUAAAAGCAUAAAUGAAGGUGACGAUGUGUUUAUAGCGUUAACGGUGGUGAUGUGUGUGUAUAGCGUUAACGGUGGUGAUGUGUGUAUAGCGUUAACGGUGGUGAUGUGUGUUGUAGGCUGUUUCAGCAUGAUGGAAUCACAUGAAACUGUUUCAACACUGAGAUGAAGACCUACUGUUAACCGGUGAGCUGUAAUAAAAUAUUAACUGAA